ACUAGAAAGUAGAAAGUACUAGAACUGACACUCCCUCUCUCAUCCUUAAAUCACAGGCCGCCUGGGAGUAGCGCGGACUAAGCUUUCUAGGGUUUUACACGCUCUCUCUCCCUCUCUCCCUUUAGAGACAGAAUGAGUCGUCAUCCUGAGGUGAAGUGGGCCCAGAGGCGGGACAAAGUUUUUAUCACAGUGCAGUUGCCUGAAUCAAAGGAUGCAAAGGUUAAUCUUGAGCCCGAGGGAGUCUUUACUUUCUCAGCUAGUGGUGGAGCUGAAAACAACCUUUAUGAACUGAAAUUGGAGCUUCAUGAUAAGGUCAAUGUGGAGGAAAGUAAAGUCAAUGUAGGGCCAAGGAGCAUUUUCUGCAUCUUGGAGAAAGCUGAAAUUGGGUGGUGGAACAAGUUAUUGCGUGCAGAUGGUAAGGCGCCUCAUUAUGUGAAGGUAGAUUGGGACAAAUGGGUGGAUGAAGAUGAAGAUGAUGGUACUGGUACUGGUUCUGGUGACUUAGACAUGGGAGGGAUGGAUUUCUCUAAUUUCGGUGGCAUGGGCAUGGGGGGCAUGGGCGGCAUGGGCAUGGGUGGCAUGGGCAUGGGUGGUCCGGAUGAAUUUGAUGAUAGUGAUGAUGAAGAUGAAGUUGCAAAGCCAGAAGCAGAGGACGUUAAGAAGACAGGAACUGAGAAAGCUGCUGAAGAAGAUGGUGACAUAAGUGUAGCCGGCACACAAGAAGAUAAAAAAUAAACCACCUGAAACUGAGUGAAACAUGUGAUUUGACAUAAUUCAAAUUGUGCACUUAAACUUAUAGUUUGUGCAUGAAAUUUUCAGUCUUUGAGGCUGGUUAUAUGCAUGUUGUUUUCCUUACUCGGGUGCAGUUGGAGUUUACCCAGUCAUUGAGAACAUUAGUUCAGUGUGUCUUAUUUAAAUAGUCAAAAACACUUCUUUUAACUAUGAAUUAGAUCUUCGUACUUUUUAAUUAUUGCUUGUUUUCAUCGUCUUAA